AGCGCCCAUUGAAAGAGGAUUAAUCGGCAAAUUGCAUCACCACCUUUCGUGUAUGGCACGACUAAAUAUUCCAAAUAUUGCCAUUUGAUAUACACAACCAUUAUAUUAUUUAUUUAGUACUUAUAUUAUGAUGCUGAAUGUUGGCUGUUUACGUUUCUCUACAUCACCACCUUCUAUUUUCUUGCCAAAACCCCAUAGUUUUCUUCCAUUUAAUAAAUCUUUCAUUUUACCCACUAAUUAUACUCGUUCACAAAUGGGUUCCUAUACAACAUCGUCUCAAUCUCAACACAUUCCUAAACUCAUUUUUCGUCAGUUAUUCGAGAAGGAAUCAUCUACAUAUACUUACCUUCUUGCUGAUUCUUCCCAUCCUGAAAAACCAGCACUGUUGGUUGACCCCGUAGACAGAACAGUGGAUCGUGAUCUUGCACUUGUUAAAGAAUUGGGCGUGAAGCUUAUAUAUGCUAUAAACACGCAUGUACAUGCUGAUCAUGUCACUGGAACUGGCUUGAUUAAGACUAAGGUGCCCGAUGUGAAAUCAAUCAUUUCCAAAGCAAGUAAUGCAAAAGCUGAUCUUUUUGUCAAACCUGGCGAUAAAAUCUAUAUUGGUGAUAUCUUUCUGGAGGUUCGUGCAACUCCUGGUCAUACAUUGGGUUGUGUUACCUAUGUUACAGGAGAUGGACCCAAUCAGCCUCAACCAAGGAUGGCAUUUACCGGUGAUGCUCUUCUGAUACGGGGAUGUGGAAGGACAGACUUUCAGGGUGGAAGUUCAGACAGUUUAUAUGAUUCUGUUCAUUCACAGAUUUUCACAUUGCCCAAAGACACACUAGUAUAUCCUGCUCAUGACUACAAGGGAUUCACCGUCAGCACAGUGGGGGAGGAGAUGCUUUACAAUCCACGCUUAUCAAAAGAUAAGGGAACAUUCAAGAAUAUCAUGCAAAAUUUGAAUUUGGCAUAUCCAAAAAUGAUCGACGUAGCAGUUCCGUCUAACAUGGUUUGUGGAUUGCAAGAGAUGAAAUCUGAUCUCUGAUUUGAUUGAUCCUUUCAAGAUGUGCCAGAGGCCGUAAAUUGAGAGCAGGGUAUACACAUCUGGAAAUAAAAACUGACUAGUAUGUUUAAGAGGAAGUGUUGAAUAUUGGUUUAUCCAAUGAGUUCUCCAAGAGCUUUCCUGUGAUAAUAUGAAUCUUGAGUGUUUAUGUGAUACUUCAUAAUGUGAAUAAUGAUUAAUUUUU